UGGCGGAAAUUUCGCGCUGACCACAUUAAUGUCGGCGCCUCCAUCAGAGGAAUUGGGGUUUCGCCGUUGCCUCACCUCUCCUGUCGUGUUACACAUCCAUCCCUCCAUCGAUUUCUUUGCAAGCACCAGCUGAAAUCGGAAUCGACGAUUGAGAUCGCCUUUGCACCGCCGCCGGAAUAUCUCCCUCGCGAUCGCCUCCAAGAUUCCGAGUAAUUUCCCGCGCCUGGUUGGUUUUCCGAGGAUUUCCAUUUCUAGAAUUUUGGCGGGAGCUGCCAACGAUGAAGAAGAGUCAAAUGGAGUGGAAAUCAGAAACAGAGAGUGUAAUUGCCAGGAUAAUGGGGCUUGAACAGCUGCGGCCUAGGCAGCAAUUAGGCAAAAACCGGCGAGCUCUUUCCGACGGCUAUGUCCGCAAGACUUCUGCGAUAUGUGUGCGUAACAAGAGUUUGGUCUCUAUUGGCACAAAGAACGUGAAAGUGGAUGCAGUGAAGGAUGAGUUGGGACAUGUUUCGGUGGUGGGUAAAAGCGAUGAAAGAAUAAUAUUGUUGGAACCUUCCGAGGUGCUUCUUGCAAAUUCGAUGGAUAGAACCAGCUAUCGAAGCGAACAAUCUUUUUGUGAGACGAGUAAGGAUUUUUUGAUUGAGCUUCGUAAAUCAGGAAAAGAGACAAAAAUUAAGCCUUGGAAGAUUGGUUGGGAGUUGGAGAAGGUAGUACAUGGCUUCAAAGAUGGGAAGUCGGGCAUACAUUCAAAAUCAGGGUAUAGAAAUCAAGGCAAGGAUGUUAGCAAUUGUAUGGGGUGUGUGAGAAACAUCAACAAAGCCUCUCGCAAACUCCCAACCAGCAAAACGUUUUCCGCUGUAUCAACCCCACAAAAUAUGGAGAAUGACCAUGUAUCACAUCUUCCUACAAAUCAAUCAUCUCUCAAACCACAUAGCUUUGGGACAAGAAAGAAAGUGGCUCGACGAAUUGAUUUUUCUGAGGGGGCUGAAAGGCGUAAAGCAGUCCAUGUGUUGGAACCAAAAUAUGGCAGCAGCUGCAACCAAUUUGAAACUUCUCCAUUUGCUGACAAGACAGUGUGGCAGAGUGUGCGAAUUUCUAACCGAGAUAUCGAGGAUGAAAUGAAUAUUGAUUCAGGGAAUUAUGAGUCUCUGCAGGCAUUGGCGAAUGAAUUUUCUGAAGAAUUAUCAACUUAUUCAAACAGUUCCAGAAUCGGCAGUCCAGAAUUUCCUGAGAAUCCAAAGAGAACCGAUCAGCAUAGCCCCGACUCAGUUCUUGGAGCAAUUUAUGGACGAUACUAUUCAACUGAUCAAUGCUUUGACGACAUAGGUCCCCAGAUGCAGCUUCAGGUCUUAAACUUGGAGAUGGAAGAUCCGUACUCGGAAGGAUCCCAGAUGGGUGUCUCUGAGGAUUAUGAUUCCGAGGAGCAGUUUUCUGAUCUCCCUCACAACGGAAGAAAGAUUCGAAUGUGGUUGGGAGACGAAGAAAGCCGAAAGUUCUCUUACAUGGUUGAUGUUCUAGAUGUGGCUGGAUUUUUCAGUACAGCAUUAUGUACAGAUUUCAACAUGUGGCAUACUUCCGAAUGCCCCAUAAGCCCCUCGGUGUUUGAGGAACUAGAAAAAACAUACGGAAAGCAGGCAUCAUGGAAAAAGUCCGACAGGCAGCUUCUUUUUGACUACGUGAAUUUUGCGCUGGCGUGCAUUUUCUUUCCACUACCAAACCUUUUCCCAUCUAUAAAAAGCACUCUCUGUGCUAACAUGAGACGGGAUGAGGUUGAAGAUCGAUUGUGGACAAUGCUAAUCACCGAGGAGAAAGAAAAGAGCAAAGUUCUGUCCGGAAAAUCUCUCAACGAAUGGUAUGAGGUGGAGGAAGGUAUGAAUAUUGUCUAUAAUGAAUUGGCUACAGAACUAUUCGAUGAGUUGGUGGAGGAAUUAGUUCAAUAGCUUGUUUGUUUGUUUGACGAUUUCUGUUUCCUUCUUUGGUUUUUUUUGCCCUGAUUUGUUUUGCUACGCAUAGUCGUGGAUGAGUGUAUUGUUCGUAGGCAAAUUGUCUUACACGUGCAUACGUAAAAUUUUGGUGUUACACAUUUUUUCCUUUGGAGGGAUGGAUAGAGAGAGAGAUGAAGACAACACUAGCAAGUUUGUAUUCAGGAGUAUAAAAAAUUCGAAGAAUAUAGCAAUAUGGCAUGCAUGCAUUUGUUCA